UGGUGGGAACCAUGUUAUGUCGUGGUUUCGGACGAAGUAAUUCGGAUAUCAAUACAAUUUCAUAACGUGCAUGAUUUUAAUGAUUCUCUAGUCAGUCAUUAUUCUGGAAGUACGUCUAGAUGGAGAAUUAUGAGAUAGGGGAGGUGAAAGUGGUGGAAGAGCCAGGAGUGUUCUCCCUUGGCAAGAAUGAUGUCACAAUGAGGGUUUCUCCUGGAACCAAGAUCAGAAAUGUAAUGGGCUUCGCAAUGAAAAAAAUAAAGGAGCCAGAUGUAAAGCAGCUAUGCUGGGCAGGCAGUGGCAAGGCGAUAACGAAGACUGUCUCCUGUGCUGAGAUCAUGAAACGCAAAGUUAAGGGGCUUCACCAGAUUACCAGGAUAAGAUACCGAAGAAUUGAGGAAUACUGGGAACCCAAAGUGGAGGGUUUGGACAGGUUAAAAGUAAACAGGGACGUUCCAGCCAUAUCUAUACUGCUGUCCAAGGAACCACUCAAUACCAAUGAACUGGGGUACCAGGCCCCAGGGUCCUUUGAUGAGUUCUGGAAAGAUGUGGUUACCAAGGACCGUCUGCAAGCAGACAGGAAGCGGAAAGGGUCCAGACCUGAAGUUGACACCAAGGUUUCACAGGGUCAAGGCCAGAACAACAGGAAUAAGGGCCAGCAAAAAAAACAGAAUGUUGGUAAAGCUGUGUCAGAGAAAAAGACAGAAAAGGGCAAGAAAGAACAAAUGGAGCUCAGAACUUGAUAGAUGUUCUUGAAGAUUGAUUGAUCUUUGGCACUUUGGAAUAGGGAUUAGUUGUGGGUGACAGAAAAUAAACUGCUCAACAACACAAUUCAAGUGGAGAUGAUCCUAUGUAAAGUGAUUUGAUAUGAUUGAGUCAGCAGUUAUAUUUCCGAAAUGAACUUGCCUAGGAAUUACUUUGCAUGCUUAUUACUUUGCAUGUUACUUAAUCAACAUCCAAGAUAAUUGGUUAUCAAAUAAGUCAUAUUACAGUUGAUUCAGUUAUUUUGUGUUGUUUGCAUUAUUUAAGCUGAAUUGUUAAGAAAAAUAUAAUUGUAUGUGUGAAAUCAUUAAAGUAUUGUUAAAUAAGCAAAUUUGUUCAAUUAUGUUGUAUUUUCAGGAUUUUGUUUUGCUCAUAUGAUUCAUGAGAAAAAAAUCAAUCAUUUAAUAUUUUUUCAUGAAUGCUUGAUAAUGAUAUGUGUUAAAGUGUCAUGUUGGUAUGUCCCAAGCUUUAAACAUCCGCUUUUGACUUGCACAUGUAAUAAUAAGCUUAUUCAGCCAUGGCCCUGUUAAACUCUUACCUGUAUUUUGUCAUAUUUGAUCAGAACAAACAAUUAACACUUAAAAUUAUUGUUUAUGUGUUGAACACAUGGGCCUAGAAGACAAAUAUACCAAACCGUAAUGUUGAUGUAUGAUAUAUAAUAUGUACAUAUGGUCAACAUAUUUAUAGGCCACUUCGUGUAUAUGCCUUCAGUACAAUAAAGUAAAUAACUGCAA